CUCGUCCAAAAGAGACCCUACCUUACAUUUCUAAAAAUAUAAUUUUCUGUGAGUUAAGACACUACUUGUUCUUGGCCCCCCAGUAAUUACGACGCUGCUAUAAUCCUUUCAUUAUUUUAUCAUUAUCUCUAAGCUUUUAUUAUUUUGAGAACUGGUCCAGUAUCACUUAUCAUAACUAUGUCUUCAAAUGAAGAAAAACAAGAUUAAAAUGGUAGUCAAUAACUGUAAUUGAUUUUAGUUUAUAAGAUACUUUAGUGAGUUGAAGUUGUUCUCCGUAGUUAUCUGUAGUUGUUAUUUGUCCUUUUUGGUUUGUCAAGAUGGUGAAGAUCGGUGAAGAGGAUGAAAAGAAACCUCUGUUAAUGAGGAAGUCGUUUGGAUCCUCGUAUUAUAGUAUUAUGAAAAAUGAUGAAAAACAUUCAGGGCUCUUAGUAGAAAGACCGGUUUAUCAAAUAGAAGAAUUAAAUAGGGAUUAUGAAUAUGAAAAACCAUAUCACACAAUUAAAACAAGAUGUAGAAAAGCAUGUCAGUCUAUAAAGCCAGUAUCUUGCCUUAGAGAAACAAUACCUUUGUUAAAAUGGUUACCUGAAUACAACUGGAAAAAUAGUUUUUCCCGUGAUAUAGUUAGUGGCAUAACUGUUGCCAUUAUGCACAUACCUCAGGGUAUGGCUUAUGGAAUGCUAGGAAAUGUUCCUCCUGUGGUAGGAAUAUAUAUGGCAUUUUUUCCUGUUCUAGUCUAUUUUAUUUUUGGAACUUCAAGACACAACUCCAUGGGUACAUUUGCGGUGGUAUGUUUGAUGACAGGCAAAGUAGUUAGUCAGUAUACAACGAUUGAAAUCAUGCAAAAUGGGACUCGGAGGAUAAUUAAUCCGGAUAAUGGUGCUAUAGGUGGACCGAAUAUUCCACAUUAUACAAAUGUUGAAGUAGCUUUAACAGUAACGUUUACGGUUGCUAUUAUACAGUUGGCUAUGUAUAUUUUAAGACUUGGAUUGGUCUCUCAACUUUUAUCUGAAACAUUAGUCAAUGGAUUUACGUGUGCAUCUGCUUUUCACGUCGUAGGGUCACAACUGAAGGAUCUCUUAGGAUUAAGCAUCAGAAAGCGUAGAGGAAAUUUUGCAUUUCCCAUGACAAUUUACGAUUCUAUAAUGGCAAUUCCUACAGCAAAUGUCAGUUCACUGCUAGUGUCUUUGCUUUCUUGUACUAUAUUAAUUACAAACAACGAAUUGUUGAAGCCAUGGUUGGCAAAAAAGACGACAUUACCAUUUCCCAUAGAACUUGUAGCCGUAGUAAUUGGAACUGGGGCUAGUUACUUUAUGAAUUUUGAUACAUCUUACAAUAUAACUACGGUUGGAUUUAUUCCUACAGGAUUUCCCAAAUUGGCUCUUCCUGCCUUCGAACUAAUUCCGGACAUUUUUAUGGAAUCCUUAAUCAUUACUAUGGUUUCGUACACAAUUACAAUGUCAAUGGCGCUAAUUUUUGCAAGAAAAUUAAUGUAUGAGGUGGAUUCCAAUCAAGAACUCCUAGCUCUGGGUCUUAGUAAUACCGUUGGUUCUUUCUUUUCUUGUAUGCCAAUUACUGCAUCGCUGUCGAGGUCUAUGAUCCAACAAACCGUUGGAGGAGUUACCCAAAUAGCUUCAAUCGUUUCUAGCAGCAUUCUUUUAAUAGUUUUAUUAUGGGUCGGACCAGUAUUUGAAACUUUACCCAAAUGCGUAUUAGCAAGUAUAAUAGUGGUAGCAUUAAAAGGAAUGCUUCUACAAUGCAGUUCGAUUCUAAAGUAUUGGCGUUUGAGCAGAUGGGAUGCCCUGGUAUGGAUUAUAACCUUCUGCGUGACACUAUUUAUUCAAAUCAGUUACGGGCUAGCAGCUGGCGUUGCUAUAUCUCUUAUGAGCAUAUUCAUUCAAGGUUACAAACCGUACACCUGUCUAUUGGGAAUUGUUCCUAAUACGGAUCUGUAUUUGGAUAUUAAACGAUACAAGGGGGCCAAAGAAAUAGAAGGUGUGAAAAUCUUUCACUAUUCCGGAGGAUUAAGUUUUGCAUCGAGAUCCAGUUUUAAAGACUUGCUUGUCAAGAAAACAUACAUCGACGCAGCAGCAGUACUUAGGAGAAGAGUAAAAUUAACUGAGAAAGGAAUGCAAGAUGACGAAGAGUUCCUUGUAAAGUGUAUAAUUCUAGACUUUUCUAGUCUGACGUUCGUAGAUCCAGCUGGGGUAGAUUUUAUUAGAGGUUUGCAAGCUGAUUACAAGCAGUUGGGGAUUUAUAUGCUGAUAUCUGGAUGUUCUGGUCCAGUGUUCGAAGUGAUGCAUAAGUGUGAUGAAAUAGAGAAAAAGGAAAAGAAAUUUCUAAUUUUCCCCACUGUCCAUGAUGCAGUAUUAUACGCCCAAGUCAAUGUCUUCUCGAAAGACAGAUAACUUCAAAACAGUACUUAGUUUAAACCAAAAAUUUUAUUAUAAACCUUUUAAUAAAUUAAAACCCGGUUGCAAGAACGUUCAUUCAAAUUUAUGAGUAUCAUAAACUAUGAGAUAUGUUUAGAGUGUGAGUAAUUUCAAGCUCUGUCAAAGUUUAUUAGGCUCAUACAUUUUAAUGUACAUUGUUGCAACCGGCUGUAAGUAUUAAGCUAGGUAUAUAAAAUACGAGAAACAUUCCUAUACCUUUUAUAAAAUAAAGGCAAGAUAACAUGUAGAUUAAAUCUGUCAUUGUUGAAUUUUAAAUUAUUUAUCGUUAAAUAUUUGGAUAAAUAUGAUCAAUUACAAGAAAAACAGAAGGCUGUUUUCAGUCUGUGUCGCAAGAUAUGGAAUUUUAAAUAAUCAUUUUUCUUUAAAAAUAUUUUUUUUAUCUCUUUUAGUGUUACUUGUUCAAUGUUGCUAAUACAUGGAAUGUCAAUAGUCAAAUAUCAAUUGUUAUACUUCAUAUUUCAUAUGUUAAAUGUCCAAUUUCAAUAAACACUAGCAGGGAAAUCAGAGUACGUAACUUUGACAUUUAUAUUGUAUUUAAAAAAAAAUUAAAUUAUUUUUUAGGAUUUUGAAUUGAAAUAGUUUUGUGAUAAUUACCCAAAUUAAUAGACACGUAAGCAAAAAUACCUAGUUAUAAGUAAUAGAUAAUUUGCUAAGCAAAUAUGUUUUUAAUGUGAGAGUAUACUUUUCAAAUGUGGUUGCAAUUUGUGAUAUUUUAGACGGUUUUAAAAUAUACAAAACUAUUUUUUUUUAAUGCUAGGCUUCUAUUGGAUGAUGAGUAUGUGUUUUACGAAUGAGUGCUACGAGGAUUGUUAAAUAAGUAUGUGAAAAUCACACAUAUUUUUCAGAUUUCAAAUCUAACGAAAAUUAAACAAUACUAAAUUUGGAACGUAUUUAAUUUUUGGAAUUUUCAGCGUUUCUUCAGAUACUGACAAAACAAUUCUCGUAUGUUUGUUUUUGAUGAGUUAAACUCUUAAUUGAUAUUUUAGCCAGUAUAUGUUUAGUAUACUGUGAUUUUUAGUGUGUUGCCUAAGAUUUUUUGGUUGCACUAUGUGAUGUUACAAAUUUUUAUAGAGUAUCAUCUGAAACAAAAUAUUAUUUCUAAUAUCUAGGUACCUACUGUAUUUUGACCAAAAUAUAUUUUCGUACUUAGAAGAAAAUAAAUAAGUAAUUUUAAAAUAUUUACAAUGAAUAUUUUUGUUUUGAUGUGAUGCAAAAACAUGAAAAAUAGACACACAG